UCAAGGCUGAGACACUGUCUAAAGUCAUUUGCAUAAAGUGCUACAAAAGGGGAGCUGACAGAGCAGGGGCAGGUGAUACCGGCCAACGGACACAGAGGAAGGAGGACCCAGAACUGACACCAACACUGCAAGCUAUUACACAGCCUCUGAGCACAACCCUACUUAUACACACACCCACACACCUGUGACUCCAGAAGACUGUUCAGACCAAUACAGAGGAGGACUCUAGCCUGGUCAGAGGCACAAUUAAAACCCCAAACUCCUUGCUGGCAUCCCAGAAGUCAGUUGACUCCAGAAAAAUGCAUUUUCAGGUGCAAUAGGAGUGAGCUGAGCCCGGCCCCUGAGAGAUAAAGAAAGGAUCAUCUGACAUCUUCUUCAGUCAACAGGAUAAUCCAGUUAAGGACACACCAAGGUGAGGAAAGAGAAGGCCAGAGGGUCCAGAGGAGACUCGACAUAGGAGAGGGUGAGCUUAUAGUUCUGAAGAUGGAACAGUCUCCGCAGAUUUGGCACAUGCAGGUCGCCCGCCAGGACACCGCUGAAGAGAUGCAGAAGAAGGUGUCAGUCGUGAGCCAGCCGGAGUGCUCCAUCUGCUACAACACCUAUGACAAUGUCUUCAAAACACCCAAGCUGCUGGAGUGCACCCACACCUUCUGCCUGGAGUGCCUCUCCCGCCUCAUGGCUGUCUCGCUGGCUGACCAAGACGGUAAUGGCAGCAGCACUCGCCUCUCUUGCCCCUUCUGCCGUCACUCUACCCUCCUGCCCGAGGAUGGACCCCCGGCCCUGACCACCAGCCACGAGGUCCUCUGCAAACUGCCCAGCCACCAGCAGCAGGAGGAGCCGGUGUGGUUGGAUGGGGAGAAGUUGUGCUACAAGAGCUCCAGGCACAACACUGAUUCGGGCACCCCUGACAGUCCCACGGCUUUCUGCGUCUGCAUUGACAUUGGAGCCAGCAAAACAGUGGACGCUCCAAUCCAGACGGGGUCUCGGACUUUUGGCCGACUGGAUCGGCUGGCAGACUGGAAAAGGAUGGUGCUCUUCAUUGUGCUCAUGGUGCUGCUUGUUGUCAUUGUGUUGUGGCCACUGCAGUGUGUAUUCAGCACUGGGAAUAUGCGCUGUAUGCGAGAACCCGUGCACCCCGGGCCUGACCCCACUACCACCUCAACUACUACCACUAUUUUCAGCACAUUCACUCGCCAACCCGGUCUGAUGUAAACUUCUAGACUGACUGGACUUCACUGUAACUGCAUUAUAUUGACACAUUAGUUAUAUCUUAAAUAUUUGGCAUUGAAAAUCUUUUGUGUAAAAUUAUUUUGUGCGCUUUUGAUAAGUGCACAUUGUAAUUGGUACACUCCGAUUUUGAACCUUCAACAGAACCAUAAAAGUCUGACUAUAGUGGCCCCCACUGGUGUUUUUUUUAAAAGAGGCUGUGGUAGACCCCUCUACCAGACAGGAAUGAAAUGGCUGAAAGCAACACAAACUGCACCAAUAUUCACUGGAAUGUGUGUCAUAUGCUGUCAGACUAACUUAAAUUAUGUUGAAUAUUUAAAUUAUAAGAACACAAAAGAAUCUACACAUAGCAGCUUUAACUCUACAAAGCUGGAAUUUAUGCAUUAUGCAUUAUACAUUUGCAGUAGUACAUUACUGAACUGCACAUACAAGCUGAUACAAAUGACAUCAAAAAGUGGAAAGAGAAUAACUCUGACAGGCACUUUCCCUAAAAUGAUGUUCAAAAUAUUUUGCACUUAAAUUGACACCUGACUUAUUGGUCUAACUGGUUUAAUGGACUUUGUUUCUUAUUCGGGCACGUAACAUCAGGUUCAGAACACAAGUGGAUUGAUUUGUUUGCUGAGUGGGUUGAUAUGUUUGCUGAGUGGGUUGAUUUGUUUUCAGAACAUUCAGUGAUUUAAACUUCACAGUAGUAUACAGCAUUAAAGUUCAAAAUGCUGACAUUUAUUGAUAAAAUGUGAGGUUUGCUUUGGAAAAUGACCACGCUCAUUUAACAAAUGUAAUCCCAAUGUGCCAACUAAGAACUCAGACUUUAUAUAUUGUACAUUUGAUUUGUGUGUGUUUUGAUAUGCCCUUGUUUACAGAACUAUAAUAAAGAAGUGAGGUGCCCGCUCACAUCAUGCUUCUGGGAAAUAACAAAACAUUUGUGCAUGACAGCCUCAUUGUUAAGAAUCAUAUCAUUUGAUGGUGAUUUGUCAUCAUCUUCAUGCAUUUUCUCUACAUUUCAAAAAAUGUACUGCAGCAUCAGUUGGUGGUUUUAAUCUGUCUGAACAGCAGGUUGUUGUAAAUUCCCCUCAAAUAACGCACAACGCCUGACGUACUUAAAUGCCAAUUAAAAAGUAGUAUUAGUUUCAGGGUCGAGUUGCAACACAGUCGAGCCAUUCACUGACCUGCUGUUUGUCAUUUCCGCCCUAUCUCAACCUUAAACAUAUGACAAUAAAAGCAAAGACCUCCUCCGUCUUGA